UGACCAUUAGUCAUUACGCAACUAAGUGCCAACUUAAAUCGGUUGAUAAUGGCCACCGACACACCGCCAACAACGAGUGUCGUAGAAGCAACAAGUGAGAAAAAAGAUGUAGACAUAUAUCGAGACACAUUCAUACGCUAUAUGGGCUAUAGCAACGAGGUGGGCGAAGCGUUUCGCCCGCUAGUGCCCAAAUCGAUUGUGGCCGCUUCCUACGGCAUGGCCAUUGGAUAUGUUUGCACCGAUACGUUUGACAAGUCCCUGCGUCAGAGAAUGGCCGGCGCCACCGACCGCGAGGUGGCGCUAGUUGGUGCAGAUGUAUUCACUUGGCAAAUGUUCGCCUCCGUCAUAAUUCCGGGCCUGACCAUUAAUCGGAUUACGGCGGCCAGUCGUAUGUUGCUGAGAAAUUCACCAGGAUUUGUUCUGAAAACAGUGCCAACGAUCAUUGGACUGGCAAGCAUACCUUUAAUUGUGCAUCCCAUUGACAAACUCGUAGAUCACCUGAUGGACGCCACCUAUCGCAAGGUGGUGCAAUAGCAUAGCAAAUAUUGCAAUAAAAUAUUAUAUAUAAUAUAGUA